AUGUCUAAACGAUUGAGAUUGGUACAGUGUCUACUAUGGUUCCCAAUGCACAUGUGUUUGAUUGCCUUCUUGGUGACACUAUCAUUGAAGUUAUCAGGUUCUACAAUGUCAUGGUAUAGAACAAUGGUACCAUUAUGGCUGAUGGAGGCAUUACUCAUUUGGUUCGUUCUAGUUAUCAAGAGUGUCACUUAUAAGAUAUGGGGAGUGUUGUCAGUGCUGUCAUUCGCAUUGUGGACAGCAUUGUUGGCAGUGCGAUUAGAGGAUACAGGCGAUUUAUCUUGGUGGGGCGUCAUGACACCGUUCUGGAUCUUCCUGGCGCUGAUCAAUGUGGUGCGACGCGAGAAGCGCAAGACCGACUAUGACAACUACUCUAAAGGCAAGAAGGUGUUUGAAGUGGGCUUCUCCAACCUGGUCGCAUCACUGGCUGUCUUUAGUGUGCUGCAAACACUGGUGAUGAGCGGCGCGGCACAGAUCUCAUGGACACUGCGGUUCAUACCAUUGUUCUACUACAUCUUUGUAUGUCUGUUCACAUUGUUCUCAAUGUGGCAACAGGAGAACUUUGACUACACUCAGUCUAUACUUGGUCUGAUAGCGGCAUUCCUCAUACUACUCUACUUCAAAGGCAACAACAACAUGUUGCCCUAUAGCUCAGUGAUGCUCAUUCCAGUCUACAUCCUAGAGAUCGUCAUCUUCUUUACGAUAUUCACCAAGCGUAUGACUAAACAUUUCUAA